AUGGAAAAAGAAGAGCCCAACACAUACAUCCCACCUGAUGGAGGAUUCAAGGCAUGGCUAUGCGUUGCCGGGUCUUUUCUACUUCAAUUUGCCUCCUUUGGUUAUGUCAACGCAUGCGGAAUCUUCCAAUUCUAUUACGCUGAAGAGAUGCUCAGCUAUAAGUCAUCCUCGUCUCUGGCCUGGAUCACUACUCUUCAGAUCUUUUUGCUAUUCUUCUUCGGGCCGGUGGUAGGGAUGCUCAUUGACGCCAUUGGCCCUAGGCCGAUCCUUAUCCCCUUCUCAACACUCUGCGUCUUUGCCAUAUUCAUGCUCAGCCUUUGCAAAAAUUACUGGCAGGUCAUGCUCGCGCAGGGGGUUGCUUUCGGGUUCGGUACUUCUGGGGUUUCAAUGCCGGCCAUGGUACUCGUAUCGCAGUGGUUUUCGACUAAGAAGGGUUUGGCGGUCGGUAUUGUCUCAGCCGGUAGCAGCUUUGGCGGGAUCAUCUUCCCCAUCAUGGUCCCGAGACUAAUUGCAAGGCACGGGUUUCCUGCUGCCGUCCGCUGGACUGGUUUACUUGUUGGCAUCUGUUUACUUCUUGCCAAUCUCGCAUGCAGCUCUCCAUUUCCGCCAAAGGGCUUUCAGAAGAAGGAGAGUGCGGGACUUAAAGGUUUCAAGAGUCUUCCUUGGGCCGCAUUUACACUGGGCUGUUUUUUCGUUAUAUGGGGUCUGUUUGCUCCUCUCAAUUACCUUCCCCUAAUGGCAGCCCAGAAAGGAAUGUCAAUGGCCCUGGCACAAUAUACCAUCUCAAUAACCAACGCUGGGUCUUUCUUUGGCCGAAUCCUCCCCGGGUGGAUGUCUGACCGCAUCGGUCAAUUCAACAUGAUGUUUGUUGUAUCCAUUUUGUCCGGCGCAUCUCUCAUUGCUUUCUGGCUUCCGCUAGAACUGCACCCUUCGAAUGCCGGCAUUAUUGUAUUUGCUGCCUUUUACGGUUUCGUCAGUGGAGGCUUUGUCAGCCUAGGGCCUCCUUGUGUUGUCUCUCUCGCAGAAGGACGCGUUGAAGAAAUUGGCGUCAAACUCGGCGGCUUCUGCUUGGCCAUUGCUCUCGGCUCUCUGACUGGUUUGCCAAUUGAAGGAGCCAUCAAGGAUCGAGAAGGAGACAAAUUUAUAGGGUUGAUGAUAUUCGCCGGUGUUGUCAUGUGCCUUGGAGGAUUCCUUGUUGGCGUUGCUCGAGUGCUCAAGGGAGGGUUCCGUCUCACGGCGAAGGUUUGA